GAGAAAGAAACGUUGCGUCCCAUGCUCGCUUCCUUCCUUCCUUCCUUCCCCCGUCCGCUCGCUCAUCCAUCCUUCGCCUCCCUCCUCCUUUUCCCCUCCCCCGUCCCGCCCGGACAGACCACGCCGGCCGGCCGGCCCCCAUAAAUCCCCGCCUCUUCCCGCCACGGUUCCCCCGCUCGCUCGCUCGCUCGAUCUGCCUCCCGCGCCUGGAUCUUCGCCCUCUCUCCUCCUCCUCCUCCUUGUUUUCCGCUAGUUGGGAUUUGCUCCUUCCUCCUCCCUCCCCUCCCCCGGCCUCCUCUCCGCGCCGCGUCUCCGCAGGGAGAUCUUUCCGGUCUCAGGGAAGCGGAACCGAAUCCCUUCCCCGGGCCCCACUUGCCGGGUCCUUCUACUCUCGACAAGUAUCGGAUGGCCCACGUGUACCUGGAUGGAUCCGUCAAGGCGAAGAUCCGCAUUGCCCAGUACUGCUAGCUGCGUGAUGCAUGAUUGUUCGAUUUUGUUAAGAUAAAGAUAAGAAGAAACAUUCGGCAGCUCCCAUGGUCUCCUGUUGUUGCUUCACACCCAAUCUCUCAGUUCAGGGGCCAAGAUUAUUUACUGCUUUCAUUAACGCUUGUUCUUUGUCUGAAUCGUCACGCCAUUGCUCGGAAAGAGCUCCCUCCCGCAAAUUUAAAAGAAAUGCGGCGCGGCGCUCCUGCUCGUUAUGUGCAUAUAAUUGCGGAUUCCAAGUCAUGAAAAUAGUUCUAGUCUCGCUAAAAUUCAGUAAAUAUAUUUGGAAAUACAGCUAGUGUGCCCCCGAGCAUGAAUUUUGGGGCAACCAGGUUACCGACUUGAUGUCGUCGGGAUGGACAGAUGAGAGGCACACUGAUUACAUAAGCUCCAUGGAAGCCUCUUUCAUCAACCGACUAUACAAUCACGGUAACAACGCGGACAAGAAGGAUCCAGGCGCCAACGGGUUCAAGGUUCUCCAACGUGGAGCUGUGGUGUGGAAGAAAGUCGAGUUUGAGAGGCCCAAUGCUUGUGCUCAAGUCGGGGCCAAACAAAGCCCGCCUGCAAGCCGCUGGAUCCAGCGUUUCACAUCGCGUGACUGCAGCAGCAGCGCAGGAGGUGAUGGGGCAGAAACUUCAGUGGGUGAUCACGAAUCGGGUAUCCGGACUAUCCCUGGGGGCACUCCGUUGUUCCAUAGAAGGGAAUUGGGAGCUUGCAAGGGAGAAAACCUUCUCAAUGAAAAUUCAGAGGGCUCUGAUCAGAACUUUGCUGACGACGAUGAGGCGGAAGUUGACGAGGAAUCAAGCAAAGCAUGCAAGAAAAGGAGGUUGAGCAGUUCUUCCACUUACUGCCCCCAAAUGACCAAGCUCCAGGUCCAACAGGUCAAACUCCAUGCUCCAGAAGAGGUAGCAGUUGAAAAAGCACAGAGACAUGGUCAGGGCAAAGGCAUGGCUUUUGAUCUCAAUUGUACUCUAGCCCAAGAAGAAGACAUACUCCAAGAUGAUAUGAACAUGGAAGAAGAAAUUGAUUUUGAUCUCAACUGUACUCCAGCCCAAGAAGAAGACAUACUCCAAGAUGAUAUGAACAUGGAAGAAGAAAUGGAUUUUGAUCUCAAUUGUACUCCAGCCCAAGAAGAAGACAUACUCCAAGAUGAUAUGAACAUGGAAGAAGAAGAAGAGGGCAUUAGUCCCGGUCAUGAUGCAGUCGGUGAGCUCCAGUACUCCUGUCAUGAACAAUCAGUAGUUCAUUUGUAAACUGAAUUAGUAGUGCAAGAAAGAGGUGUGUGUACUUGUGAGGCUCAUUUUCAAGUUCAUAUCAGAAGUUCAUUUGUAAACUGAAUUAGUAGUUCAAGAAAGAGUUGUAUGCCAAGAAGUACAUAGCCACAGGGUGUUUAGGUGGAUUAAACUUGGGUCAAUUCCAUUUCCCCCUAAUAUUGCCCCAGGCUCAUCUUUACCCCUAAAAACAUGUGCUCAACCUUGCCUCUCUUCCGCCUGGUGCCAUUUACCCCUAAAAACAUGUGCUCAACCUUGCCUCUCUUCCGUCUGGUGCCAUUUCAGAAAUACCCCUCCGCGCCGUUUCCGUCCAGUCAAAGUGGUUUGACCGUUUUUGGGACAAGUUUGGGACAAGUUUGCCCCUACUUACAUGUGGGGCCCACCGAAUAGUUAUCUCUCUCGGUUUUCUUCUUCCUCCCGAUGCUAAGAACAGAGUGUAGGAGGAGGCGGCCGCACAUGCGAUUUCGACGGCUCAGUGUUGGAGAGCUAAGAAAGGAAGAUGUCGUCCAUGUCCUUGACAGAUAAGUGCUCAGUGACUUCAGCAGCGGACGACGAGGUUAGUAAAGUAUGCAUAUUUGGGGAUUUGAGAUCUAGGGUUUGUGCGGAUUUGGGAUUUUUUAUCCAUGUGCAUUUGAUUUCGUUUGUAGGUGUAUGGUUGUGGCAUUGUGCAGUAUAGUUCAGAGUAUUUCAUUCCCAAUCCCAUCUUUUGUGGCCUUGAGGAGCGCUCGAAGCAUAGAUGCCCAGGGCUAGUUCCGGCUCAUCGUGUAGGUUGGGGAGGAGCAAGCACUGGUAGACGUUUUUUGGGUUGUCCAGUUGAUGUAAUUGUUAGAUCUACCUCAAUUUGAUAUAUUUUCUGCCAAAUUGAUGCUAAGGUUUUAGUUUGACAUUAUUUUUGAACUAUGCUUUUGCAGCUUCCCGAUGAAUGUGAUUGGGUUGUAUGGAUUGACCCCCCUCCUACUGACUAUGUUGGGCUUGCUUUUGAUGAUUUACAUGUUGCCUUUGAACGCAGUUGGAUCAAAGCAAGCAAUCUGGAGAGGAGGGUUAUGGAUCUUACCAGUAAAAACAAGAAGUUGAAG